AUGAUAUCGUUGAAUUGGUAUUCAGACAAAGAAAGUCCGCUCAAUUAUGUCACACAGUUAUCCGCUGAAUUACACCGAAUUCCCUUUGAAGAUGUGAUUUGCGUGGAUUACAAGACGGAUAUCUACAAACCGGAACUCAUUGAAGAAGUUAUCGAGCAGAUGAAGCCUGAAAAUAUGUUUUGCACGAUUGUUUCUCAGUCGUUUGCUGGUAAUGAGUCUAAUAUUAAGGAAAAAUGGUAUGGAACUGAAUAUAACUAUUCAAAAAUUGAGGAGGACGUUUUGGCAAAAUUCAGCAGUGCCAUUGACAGCGUGCCAGACUUUUUGAGCCUGCCAGUGGAGAAUGAGUAUAUCCCAAGUAAAUUCGACUUGAAGCCGCGAGAAGAAACUAGGUUAAAUUGA